UUCUUUUCAUCAGGCCUCUAACGCGACAUGCGAAUGCCUGUCAAGGGCCCGUUGGGGGUGUCUAAACUAACUGCCUGAAUGUGAAAAAUAGGAUGGAGGCUACAAUUGUCCUAUCAGCGUGAAGCAGAAAUGGCGGGAAUAGCAAAUGUGUGGAGAAGAGCCUAGUUUCUUUUUCAGUAGAUUCUGAACUUGUGGGACUUUUAUUUCCAAGCUGGCUUUUGUGAGGGCAGCUUGAUAGUCGAGGGCGCGAGAAGCGGUCUGAAGAGAGGGGUCCUGGCUCUGUGCGAAACGCGGCAAAUUUCCCAUAGCGGGGGGAGACUCAGUCUGGAGCGCCCUGAUUAAUCGCCAUAGCAACUAGAGAGAGGGGCCUACUGGGAUAUCCUCUCCCGCCCCCAACUGCCAGAACAAGAAGAUGUAGCGGGUGAGAAGUUGCGGCCGCGCCGUUCGUGAACCUCCGAGUUAACCAGACUCCAGGAUGCUCCUGAAACUCCUUUCAGACAAGAGGCUGGGCUCGUCUCCCCGCCGCCACUGCUAGCCACAGGCUGGCUCUUCUGUUGCUGCUUUGGAUACUGCAGCAUGGAAUUCAACUUCCCGCCCUUCUCUCUCAGUUCCUGCAGGGAUAGCUUGGAGAGCCUCCAUCGGCUUCUUGCUGGGAUGAGGCAUUGCAAAAUGUAAACUGAUCUGAGUUGGGGGAGAUCUUGUCGUAAAGGAAGCUAUAGAGCUGAAGUAAGGGGAAAGUUUUGACUUGCUUCCACCCCCAGCACUGUGGGGCAAAUGCUGGCCCCUGCUGGAUUCCUUAGCAUUUGAGAAGUAAAUGGUUAUUUCUCUAGGAGCUUAUUUAAAUCCUGUAGUGGGAACUUUUACCGACAUUUGUGGAGUGUUUUAAAUUGUGUAUAAGUUCCACAAGGAUAGGCAUGUGCAGUAAGUUUGCUGUAGUCAAAGUAACAAAAAUGUUCAGCUAUCACAAGGCUCUUAACAAAUUGCUUCUGACAUGGUGGGUUUUGAUUCUUAAAAGCUGAUGCUCUGAUUUGUUAGUCACCAACGUGUAUGAGUCUCAUUUGAAUUAUGCCUGUCAUAUUCGGUUUGUAUGCUUCUCCCUUUCAGUGCUUUGGAUAAAAUUCCCUGUUGGCGGAUUCAUUGAGAGCCAGUGUGGUGUAGUGGUUAAGAGCGGUGGACUCUAAUCUGGUGAACUGGGUUUGUUUCCUCACUCUUCCACAUGAAGCCUGCUGGGUAACCUUGGGCUAGUCACAGUUCUGUCAACUCUUUCAGCGCCACCUACCAUAAGAUGUCUGUGUGGGAACGGGAAGGUGAUUGUAAGCAGCUGUAAGAUUUCUUGAAGAUAGAGAAAUUUAGGAACCAUUGUAGACUUCAAUUUUCUUUCAAGGCUGAAUUCUUUCCCAGUGUAUUUGUGAGAGUGCAAAAAUGCCAGGAGUAUUACCGUGUGACAGCAGUGGACUUUCAAGAGAUACCCCAUCAAAAAAAAGCAGACUGUCACUGAAGUUUUUUCAAAAACGGGAAACAAAAAGAGCACUGGAUUUUACAGAAUCUCAAGAAAAUGAUCAAAAGUCUUCAGAAUAUGUCUGUUCUGACAUUGACCAGGUUGUUCCUGCAAAACAGUCGCUUUCACCUGCCCAGUGUGAGAAGAAGGUGGACAUGCUGCCUUUCGUUGGCUUCAACAAUCUUGGCAACACUUGCUAUCUCAACAGCAUUCUUCAGGUGCUUUAUUUCUGCCCUGGAUUCAAAACUGGAGUGAAACUACUAUUUAAUAUAAUUUCACAGAAAAAGGAAAGUUUGAAGGAGGAAAUAGAUAAGGGGAUCAUUAAAGAAGAUUAUCUUGCAAGCUAUGAAUUAGUCAGCAGUUUACAUUCCUUGAUUGUUUCAGUUGAACAGCUUCAAGCCAGUUUUCUCUUCAAUCCAGAUAGAUACACAGAUGAACUUGCUACUCAGCCAAGAAGACUGCUAAACACACUAAGGGAACUCAACCCUAUGUAUGAGGGGCAUCUGCAGCAUGAUGCACAGGAGGUAUUACAGUGUAUAUUGGGGCACAUUGAAAAAACAUGUCAGCUCUUGAAGGAAGAAUUGAAACAUGGGCCACUGGAAGAAUCUGCUGUUCAACUGGAGAAUUGUACUAGUCACAACACGGAUAGUCCUGUAAUUCUUGAGGAAGUUGGUACUGUUCCAAUUUGGCAAGGUGUUGAGGAUUGUGAAGAUAAAACUAAGGGUAAAGGGAAAAGGAAAAGUGACAUGGAAGAUGGCAAUAAAAAGAAGAAGUCCAAAGUUUCCAGAGAAAAAAACGAAGUAGAAGAAAACCACCGACAGACCCGAUCGAAGAGAAAAGCAUUGGAAGAUAAACCAGAAAAUCAAGUAGAGGCUACCAUUAAGUAUCCAAUGGAAAAUGAAAGUACAAAGCCUACCCAGAAAAAAUCCAGACUUAAACUAAACUGGUUAAAAUCUUCAAGCAACCAGCCUAGCAUUCUAUCUAAAUUUUGUAGUUUGGGAAAGCUAUCUACAAACCUAGGUUUCAAAGAUCCGAUUAAAGAAAUUGAGACUCGUGAAGUUACAGGGGUUGCUUUCAAGAAUGAAAAUGAUAACCAAGCUGAGGAAAAAUAUGACUUCUCUCCUGUGGCAAAUACAAGUGAAAAAGAAACUGAAAAACCAUACAAAACAGGCACAGAACUAGCAAAUUUUAACUUAGUAGAGAAGCUGUUCCAGGGUCAGCUGGUAUUGCGAACCCGAUGCUUAGAAUGUGAACGUUUCACUGAGAGGCGGGAAGACUUCCAAGAUAUAAGUGUGCCUGUGCAAAAAGAUGAACUGUCAAAAGUGGAAGAGAGUUCUGAAAUUUCUCCAGAGCCUAAAACAGAAGUGAAGACUCUGAAAUGGGCAAUUUCACAGUUUGCUUCAGUGGAGAGAAUUGUGGGAGAAGAUAAAUAUUUCUGUGAAAACUGUUGUCAUUACACAGAAGCUGAACGUAGCCUUUUAUUUGAUAAAAUGCCUGAAGUUAUAACAAUUCACCUGAAGUGUUUUGCUGCUACUGGCUUAGAGUGUGAUUGUUAUGGUGGACUUUCCAAGAUAAAUACUCCUUUACUGACACCUCUCAAGCUGUCCUUGGAUGACUGGAGCAUAAAGCCAGCCAAUGAAACCUAUGGACUGUUUGCUGUAGUCAUGCACAGUGGCAUUACAAUCAGCAGCGGGCACUAUACAGCUUCUGUUAAAAUUACAAAUCUUGACAGUUUAGAAUUAGACAAGGAGAAUUUCAUCUCUGAUCCACUAUGCGAAAUGAUUCACUUCGAGCCACUGAAUGAACAAGAAGCAAGAACAGUAACAGAGCAGUAUAAUGAUGGCGAGGUCUCCUUCAGAGUCAGUGGUAAUACACGGCUUAAUAAAGGAACAAACCAAAAGAAUAUAGAAGCUGUGGGACUUCUUGGAGGACAAAAAAGCAAGACUACCUGUGACUUCCUCAGCAGCAAAACGCCCCACUCUGGUAACCUGGUCACCGAAGCCCGGAAUGCGGAGUGGAAACAUGCUAAUGGAAUUGUGGAGGUUGAACACUUGAAUCAAACUGCUAUGGCUUCUAAUGGACUAGAAAGCAAAGCAGUGCAGAUAAUGCAGAAUCUGAAAGAAUAUGAGGGGAAGUGGCUGCUUUUUGAUGAUUCCGAAGUGAAGGUUACUGAGGAAAAGGACUUUUUAAACUCAUUAUCUCCCGUUUCAUCGACUACAUCCACUCCUUACCUGCUCUUCUAUAAAAAAAUUGCAGAGUGAGGAUAUUUUAACCAUGUAAAUACUUGUUUUGUAGGCAGAAUGAUCUUUGGCAGGAAAAGCUAUAGAUGUAAAUUAAUUUUUGUACAUGGCACUAUGUAUUAUUUUAAAAUGCGGAUAAUUCACUUGUAGUUUCUAUACAGAAUGUUGCAGAUUACUCAUUAGCAAUGAAAACCUGUAUGAAGGCUACUGAAGAAACUGCAGAUUUGAGCAAUGGCUGUAAUUCCAUCAGCCUAUUUGUAUAUUAGCUUUUUAAAAAUGUAUUUGUAUUCUACAAUAAAUUUGUAGUUGCUAUUAAAAAAA